GACGUUGCCGGUGUGACGUGCUCUUAACCGCGACGCGGCCGACAGCCUGUGCGGUGUGUCUAUGCCACGCUGCAUCUACGUGGUUUCAAUAAACGCAACACGCAGAUUCCCAGUAUGCACGCCAGGGGCCGCCCGCGUCACACUGCCAAGCUGUCGUCACACGAACACUGCCGUAACUCGCAUACUCUGCAAUAGUUUCGCGCACCGCCGACCACACAAACCGACGUCAGCACGGCCGCCCAGGCGUGACGUCACCCAGCGGCGGCGGCAGCGGACAGACAGCUGCUGCUGUAUAGCAGACUGCGAGUACUAUAAACGUACCUACUACCAGUACUACCUACAGUUGCAUGAGCACAGUAGUUCAUCAAUAUAGUUCCAGCCGCUUACCGAAAAACCGGCGUCGUUGCUGUGGUAAUUAUCCUAGAUCCGAAGAUUUAAAUCCGAUCUUCGCCAUCAGCCCGGCUACAGUAUACAUCACGUACACGUGCUCGUUUGAUGUUUGACAAUAAGCGGCUUGUGUCUAGCGUGCAUCCGUUUGUCCGGCGGAUGAACAUCGUCAAGACCAAGAAUUUCGUUAUCGCCGUGGCCGUCCGCUUGUACAAAGUGGUCGCCGGCAAGAUGGGUGUCAACGGUGCCGACAAACAGGGUCUUGCGCAAUAUAACGAUAUGUUUGAAAUGGCGACUAGACUUUGCAGGAGUUACUUACCCGGGUCUUGGAAGAAGAUUACAUCAAAGGACAUAUCCGUGAAACGUAUUAGUGGUGGAUUGAGUAAUUGGCUAUAUCGGGUAACAUUACUUAAAGGUAAUGCCGAUCCUCGCGAUGUGUUGAUGAGGUUAUAUGGCCAAACACAUGGCGAGAAUGCUAUUGAAAAUAUAAUCACAGAAUCUGUGAUAUUCACAUUGUUAUCGGAGCGUGGCUUAGGGCCUAAGUUGCAUGGAAUAUUCCCCGGAGGCCGGCUUGAAGAAUACAUUCCGGCUCGGUCAAUGAAAUCUGAAGAAUUAAGCGAUCCAAAAUUAAGCCUUAUGAUUGCAGAAAAAAUGGCUGAAUUACAUCAGCUCAACAUUCCAAUCAAUAAAGACUCAACAUGGUUAUGGGACACCAUGGACAGAUGGUUACAACAGCCAAUUAAAGAUGUUAACUGGUCAAGUGAUAACAUGGAGCUUGAUCAGAUACUAUCUAUAAAUCUCAGUGAUGAAACCCGUUGGCUUAAAAAACACUUGUCAAAGCUGAGGUCACCUGUUGUAUUCUGCCACAAUGAUCUUCAAGAGGGUAAUAUUUUAAUGAAGGAAAAUGACCCCCCUGGCUCCCGAUCAUUAUGCCUUAUUGACUAUGAAUAUUGUGCAUACAAUUAUCGUGGUUUUGAUAUAGCUAACCACUUUGUAGAAUGGACUUAUGAUUAUACAAAUCCCAUUUAUCCGCAUUACACAGUUAACCGAGAAUUGUUUCCAACAAAAGACCAACAAAUUGAGUUCUUGAAACGGUAUUCUCAUUGUAUGGAAAAUGAAGAAUCAAUAGAAUUGAUACUGAACGAAGUAAAUAACUUUAUUUUGGCAUCACAUUUAUUUUGGGGUAUAUGGAGUAUUGUCAAUAGUCGAAUGUCAAAAAUUACUUUUGGAUACAGGGAAUACGCAAUGGAACGGCUCAAAUCAUAUUUCAAGCUCAAAGAAAGUUUAAUAAAUAAUAAAUAGCAUGUAACAUAGAAAUACUUUGAGUACUUAUAAAAGGAAUAGGUUAAUUGUAGACCAAUAUGUUUCAAUAUUCUGGUAAAGACUGAUUUAUAUUUCAAAAGUUUGGUCCUUAAUUUUAUUUGUCUGAUUAGUUUGUCAUUUUCACUUGCAUAAUUUUUUUUUAAGUGUUUUUAAGCUUAUUAUGAGCUUCUUUUAUACAUCUAUGUUAUAUUAAAAAAUAUAACAGUAGUUUUAAUUUCUGACUAAUAAUUAAGACCAGUACCUACUGUUUUUCAUAUUAUUGUUUAACAUUUGUGAAAUAAAUGAAAACCAAUUUUACUUUAUUCUGGUGCUAAGUACUCAUAUUCUUAUUAAUGAUAAUCAUUAUACAUUUGGGAACUUACAAAUUGUAUGAUGUAAAAAAAACUGAAUUAUAAAUUGUGCAAUAAUUAUUAUUAUGUCAAGAACAUGUUUAUUAUUGUACUUAAACAUAUUUAAAUAUUAUAACUAUGAAGUCCAUCCUGUACUUUUUAUAUAUUGCUAUUGUGUGUCCUAUUAGCUGUUAUUAUAUGUAAUUGAAAUGUAAUUUACUAUUUUUUUUUUAACUUAAUGGCUUUUUACUGUGUAUUAAUGUCUAUUUAGAUCUUUAGGAAUUUUCGGUUUUAUCUUAUUGGGAUACAUUAUCCUGUAGUAUUUAUUUGUUAGUAGUCAUACUUUGUGAUGGUUUAUUACCUUAUUUCUUAAAGAGAGAAAACCAAAUAUUAUGUUAUUUGUAAGGAAUAUUGAAUGGCUUUGUAAAUUAUUAUUAAAGAAUAUUAAAUUUGAUUAUAUCUAUGGAAAAAAGUACAAAAAAAAUUUAUAUAUAUAUUUUAUACACACAUUAUAUAAUUAAUAUAAUAUGUAAACACAUACAUAUCAAAAUUAUAAAUUUUCUAUUUUGUGAUUUAAUCAUAUUUUAAAUGAUUAAAUAUCUGCAAAACAAAUCUGUUCAACUGAUAUCGGACUAUUUGCACUUGUCGAUAAGGCAAAUUUACACAAUUGUUUAUGAAAUUAUUUUUUUUUUUUGCACAAGUAUAGAUUCUUUAAUGUACAAGUAUAUAUUAAAAUAUAAUAUUUGUUGUCUGAUGUCAUUAAUUUUCUAACACACAUUAUUUAAUGAUAGCACUAUUUUUUAUCAAACCAUAUUAAAUUAACUGCAAUAAAAUAAAAUUUAUCCGAAUAUUUUUUAAUAAAUAACUGAAUAAUAAACAUCAAUUUUAUUUUGUUAAGAAAAUAAGAUGUUUGUUGGGUUUGCACGUAUUUGUAUAAUUACAUUAUUAUUAUUAUUAUUAUUAUUAUUUUUACAAGUAAUUAUUAUAUUAUAUACAUUUAUACAGCAUUAAAAAUAUCUUAGCAACUAAUUAAAUUAACAUAUUAAAAAAUAUCGGUAGUUAAAAUUUGGGUUAGGCAGAUGUUAUUUUUUGUUCUCCUCAUUUUAUUUGUUCCUCGUCUAAUAUUAUUAUUUGUUAUAAUUGGUCACACUUUUUUAUUCUAUGGUUUUUCCGUGGUUGAACUAAACUUAGUUAGCCUACUAUUUACAGUCAACAGUCUACAGCUCUACACAUUUAUAAUGUUUUAAUCUUUAUUAUUAUAUAUAUUUUUUUAUUAUAUAAAUAUAUUAUACUAUGUUUAAAUUUAAGUUUUAAUUAAAAAUUCUUGUAUAAUU